CCCUGAAAACCCCAUGAAAUGCACUGAGAAAGUGGAGUUGCAUCGGCGGAGUGAACGUGAUGAAAAUGUUUUAGACUAGCCGACUUCCUUUGUUUCCCGAAAAGGACAGGAUACGAACUGUUACGAAGAUGCCGGCGCGUAAGCAGGAGUUUGUGAAGAAGGGGGUCGGUGGGUCUCGAGGCAGUUCGGUUAUAAACUUUAGACCACUAGUGAGUGCGACGUCUCCGCGUCGGAGUUCAGCAGUCUUGCCUUCAGUGCUGACGUUCGCCGUUAUCGUGGCGUCCGGAGGCCUUCUCUUGAUGAUAGAGAAAGGAAUGCUGAAUAAUAUGGAGACUCCACCACCCCGAGGGAACAGCAAGAAUGUAAACUAUCUCCAGCAAGUUAGGCAUCAUGAUUCUACUGCGGACGUGGAAUCCCAAAUUAUGCAGGAGAUCCGUAACCGCACCAUCCGGUCGAUGUGCAGCCAAAAGAACAUGCCGCACAACGUGUGGUCGCUGAACGCCCUCCAGCGCAAGACUCUGCUGCAGCACAUCCUGGUGAGCGAGGAGCACCACUUCCUCUACUGCUACGUGCCCAAGGUGGCCUGCUCCAACUGGAAGCGCAUGCUGAAGGUCCUGAGUGGCGCCCUUCCCGGCGUGGACGCCAAGGGCAAGAUGGACCACCGCACCGACCUCCUCUUCCUGUCCGACCUGCAGCCGGAGCAGAUCCGCCACCGGCUGCGGCACUACUACAAGUUCAUGUUUGUGCGUGAGCCCAUGGCGCGCCUGCUGUCGGCCUACCGCAACAAGUUCGGCGAGAUCGAGUCGUACCAGAAGAAGUACGGCGCCGAGAUCAUUCGCCGCUAUCGCAAGGGCCGCGCCAAGGACACCAACAUCGCCGGAGACGACGUGACCUUCACGGAGUUCGUGCGCUACCUGUUGGACGAGGAGUCGGAGCGCAUGAACGAACACUGGAUGCCCAUGUACAACCUUUGCCAGCCGUGCGCCAUCACCUACGACUUCAUUGGCACGUACGAGCGGCUGGAGGACGACGCUGCGCAUGUACUGGAAAAGGUGGGCGCACCGCCUCACCUGCGCUUCCCAGAGCGCCAGUCUUGGUACAAACCCGUCACUAAAGAAACGUUACAUUAUUACCUGUGCAGCGUACCGCAGAAGCUACUGCGAGAGCUCCUGCCCAAGUACAUCCUGGACUUCUCGCUCUUUGGAUACUCCCUCCCCAACACAACGGCAGAGCACUGCAGACACUAACGCAGGGGUGGACAGACUUUCCUAAGUAUUAUUUUCAGGUGCUAUUUAAAUAUGGAGCCCUGUUACACUCCCCACUGUAUUAUUUUAUGUAAAGGAUCGGGAAACUGACAGGAUGUGGUUUAGAUGAGGUUGAAACCACUAUGUGAACAGGAAGUAAGACAGACUCGACUGUAAUGGCUAAUGGAGAUUUUCAGCAUCUCUGUUCAAGGACCCUAGACAACUCUUGGGGAACCUUUUAAAAAACGUCUCUGGAUUCCAGACCCAAGUGGCAUCUGUCCUUGGUUCUGACCAGCUGGCUCUGUGUUACAGCUGGUCCAGGAACAUCUGUAAUGUGAGGAGCACGAUGGGCUUCAAUUUAAUCAAAUGUCUGGCAAAGUGCAAAGUCAGUAGAUGAGCAAAGUGUUCCAGAAGUGUCCCUGUUUGGUGUGCAGAAGCAUUUGAGUUGAUGUUUGUGCUUAGGAUACUGCUCAUGGUAUCAAAUUGUGGCAAAUUAUUAAAUUAGCUUCAGGGACAACAUCA